AUGUGUACAUGCGUAAGAACUACACUUCCCCAAAUGUGUCAUCGUGAGCUCCCUCCUAUUGGCUGGCCGCUGCAGCCGCAGCCCCAGAGAAUGAAUGAAAUUGAAAUAGCUGGUACAUUACAUGUACAAUACCGGCCACCGCAGUGUUGCAUUCUAUCAUACUAUACCAAAAUGGCCACAGCGGUACAGAACCCCCUCAAAUCGCAAUCUGGAGGAGCAGUCAUCAAGAACAGCCUGGGUGAGGAGUUCUACAAGGAGGCCAUAGAGCACUGCCGCAGCUACAACGCGCGGCUCUGUGCCGAGCGCUCCAUGCGUCUGCCCUUCCUGGACUCCCAGACCGGGGUGGCCCAGAGCAACUGCUACAUCUGGAUGGAGAAGAACCACCGCGGCCCAGGCCAUGCACCGGGUCAGCUGUACACGUACCCCGCCCGAUGCUGGCGCAAGAAGAGACGGCUCAACAUGCUGGAGGACCCGCGCCUCGGACCCAUUGAGUUCAAGAUCGACUACGAGGCGUCUCUGAAGAAGGAGGGGGGCAUCCCAGAGGGUCCGGUGCUGGAGUCCCUGCUGGCAGGGGAGACCCUGGACAAGAAGGUGGAGACCAAGGAGGAGGAGCCCAUGAGCGAGUGCCAGAAGUUACUAGUGGGAGAUUUCCCUCAUGAGCUUGAUGUAGAAGAGAUGGAAGAAGACGUUCCCAAGCGCAAGAACCGUACCAAAGGACGGUCCUGUGGUGUCGGGGGCAUGAGGAAAAGGCAAGAAGCCAACGCGAUAGAAGAUAGAGAAAAGCCUUACGUCUGUGACAUAUGUGGUAAGCGCUAUAAGAACCGUCCCGGGCUGAGCUACCACUACACUCACACACACCUGGCAGACGAGGAAGGCGAGGAAGACUCGGAGCGCCACACCCUGCCCUUCCAGCGCAAAAACAACCACAAGCCUAAGAAAGCGGCAGACGGUUCGGUGAUCGCCAACGGCUACUGCGACUUCUGUCUGGGAGGCUCCAAGAAGACGGGCUGCCCUGAGGACCUCAUCUCCUGCGCUGACUGCGGACGGUCAGGCCACCCCUCCUGUCUCCAGUUCACAGUGAACAUGACGGCUGCGGUGAGGACCUAUCGCUGGCAGUGCAUCGAGUGCAAGUCCUGCAGCCUGUGUGGCACCUCCGAGAAUGAUGACCAGCUUUUGUUCUGUGACGACUGCGACAGAGGCUACCACAUGUACUGUCUGAGCCCCCCCAUGUCUGAGCCACCCGAGGGGAGCUGGAGCUGUCAUCUUUGCCUGAGGCAGCUGAAGGAGAAGGCAUCGGCGUAUAUCACGCUUACCUAAUCUGCAGAACCCCCCCCUCCCCUCCACCACCGCCACCACCACCAACUCCCCCACCACCACCACCGCCAGCCCCAGCCCCAGCCCCAACACACACCCACCGCCACUCCGAGAAACCCCCUCCCCCGCUGCCUGACACGACUUCCUCUGAAGACGUCCUUCCUUUCUGACCCUUUACCACUGCAGCAGGCUGGCCCCGCCCCAGGCCGCCAGCCACGCCCCCUUCCGACCUGCCUCCGUCCGGUCCAGCUCACCUAUGGUAUAUGUUCUCUCUCUCUCUCUCUCUCUCUCUCUCUUUCUCUCCCUCGUUCUUCUCUCGCUCUCUCUUCCUCUUGGAACACCCCUCCCCCCCGUUGUUGAACUCUCAUGCUUAUAACCUCCCGCCCCUGGAGCCCCCGCUCUCCCUGCCUCUUCACCCAGCUUGACCAGAUUCCCCCCCCUCCUUCCCUCGCCGCCCUCUCCAGACUCCAGUGCACUUUCAGUGGCAGGACGAUUUCAUCAGUUCCUGAAGAAAUAAAGAAAAAAAGACAAAGAUGUUUGCUCUGGCUGGAGCCGGAGCUGGAGGGGCCUCAGACAACCCUCUGGUGAGCUGCCGCCAGAGGGCGAGGGGCAGAGAGAGGGAGCGGGAGCGAGCGAGAGAGAGAGGGAGAGAGAGAGGGGGCACAGGGAGGAUUAACGCCCCAGGGAGGAUUAACCCCCCCCCCUCCCCUGGGGGCGGACGAAACCCUCGGACCGCGGGCGGAAGUACGAGAGUACAAUCUAAAAACUGUGAAACAUAACCGCCGAAACCUAAACCCCCCGACCACACACACACACACACACACAUACACAGUCACACUAACCCCCGUGAAGACCUCCACCCUGACUCACAGGUACGGGAGGGCUAAGUGAUCACCCAGUGAGUGGGGCUCAAAGGGGGGCUUGUAAAGCCUUUAUAAGUGAAGCUCCGCCACCCUAUGUCCAUUUUCAUGCUGUGUGCGAACAUUUUGGCGAAAGAACUGGUCCGGAGGUCCACACACCCUGACCGUGAUAUUCCUCUCUCUCCCUCUCUCUCUCUCUCUCUCUCUCUCUCUUUGAACGAGAGAUACCAAAUACAAGUGAUACCAUGCAGGGGGGGGGGGGGUAACAAUGUGACUGUAUCGGCAGUUGUCUUUAAAUGAGAGGCGGGGGAUGCGCUCGUCCUGUCCAGUAACCUCCCACCGUGUAAGGGUCAAACCCAAUCAUGGGGAAAGACUUUCCUGGAUCAGAGCCUUCUCACCUACCGGUACCGACCGGUAACACCCUUCGCCCAUCUUCGCCCUUCUCUCCAUCCACGAUUGAAGACUGUGAAGCCAGAUUGAAACGGACACACUCCCAGUGCUCAGUGUGUGUGUAUGUGUGUGUGUGUGUGUGUGUGUGUGUGUGUGUGUGUAUGUGUGUGUGUCCAUGCAUUAUGAAUGUAGGGCUGGCACGUGGACAUGUGCAGGAUUUGUUUGGCCCUUCUGAGGUUGUUUCCUUUUUUGAAGGGACUCUCUUUUUGUUUUGUUCUUAUCUUGUUAUUGAAGAUGCAUGCCGUUCCUUUGAUUGUUUCGAAGAGAAUUUCAAUGAAGUUGAAAUGAAAGCACACUUAAUUCGCAAUAAUGUGUUUGUGAUAAACUCUAUCGGCAAAACCUAGUGUGUUUUCAACCGUUUGUGAGUUUAUGUGUGUGUGUGUGUGUGUGCGUGAGUGCACGUGCGUGUGUGUGCAUGCAUGCAAGUGUGGGUGCGCAUGCUUGUUGCGUGUGUACGUACGUACAUGUGUGCUUGUGUGUAUGUGUUUGAGUGUGUAACAGUGUUUGUAGCCAGCUCCAUUUUUCUUGAAACUAUACAGAAGGCCAUUCGUGCUGCAAACAAACCCAGCUCCCUGGUCGCCAUUCAUCUCUGCCAGCCUGCUCUGCAUCAAAGGGCGUGUCGCCUCCUGACAUUUUUUAAUAGCCAAGCUUAACGGGGUCUCCACAAAAAGUGGACCAAUCUGGCAGCCGUUGUGCUUUCUUGUACAUAUGCACUGAGAUAAUUCUGUGACUUUUUACUUUGUAUAGUUUUGCUAGUUUACUUUGUCUUUCCGUUGUGUUUUUCCCCUGAAAGGCCCAUGAUAAGCCUGUUCAACCAGAUGACUCAAGGCAACCUUUAUGCUUUUUAUUUUUUUUGCUCAUGAUGGCAGUUAUGCUUUUCAACGUCUUUGGGUGGUUAAUGUUGAUGGUUCGACAUCACAGCUAUGUGUGAGCAGGUGGAAAGAACCAAAGAAAGAGGUACAAAGAGAAAGUCAACUCAUACCAACUCUGAAAUGAUGGCCUCCAUGAAAUUCGAACUCCUUAAAUCAAGUGCACAAUGUGGUCACAUUGGUUUACAACGUGCUCAUGAAAGUGUGUGUACUUUGGAGAGUGGGAGUGUGCGUUUUUGAGGGAAUGUGUGUGUGUGUGUGUGUGUGUGUGUGUGUGUGUGUGUGUGUGUG